AAGUGACAUCCGGGUGCAGCUCUUUGAGUCAAACGGGUACCCCCGUUUUCAGGGUGAGAGCUUAGAGGGGAAAAACAGUCAAACAGUCACUUGGUCAGUCAGUCAGUCAGUCAGUCAGUCAGUCAGUCAGUCAGUCGGUCGGUACAAAGGAUUUAGGA